AUGCAAUUACGCCUUUCUUCAUUACUGGUGCACGUACCUCUACUCUACAAGCUCCCACCGGAAGUUUCACCGGAAUUUGAAAAUAGAAACCAAAUGACGGGCUGUGUACUCUCGACAUCAGUACAAGAAGACUUGGUUGUGAUUGAUAAUGGAAUACUCCAGCUCACGUUGACCAAUCCAGGAGGAAUUAUUAGGGGUAUAAAAUAUAAUGGAAUUGACAACUUGUUAGAACUGAAGAACAAAGAUCUGAAUGGAGGGUUUUGGGACCUUAAUUGGAGUGAAGCAGGGAGUUCCAAGACAAGAGGAAAAUUUGAUACGAUUGAAGGGACAAGCUUGAAAGUUAUCGUAGAAAAUGAGGAGCAGAUCGAGCUCUCAUUCACAAGAAUGUGGGAUGCUUCAGUCCAGGGUGAACAAGCUCCUUUAUAUAUAGACAGACGGUUUGUGAUGCUUCGUGGCUCCUCAGGAUUCUACUCCUAUGCCAUUUUUGAACAUUUAGAGGACUUUCCUGGUUUCAACCUUAACACAACCAGGAUUGCGUUCAUGCUCAAAAAGGACACGUUUCACUACUUGGCCAUAUCAGAUAGUAGGCAAAGAUACAUGCCCCUUCCAGAUGAUCGUUUACCAGAAAGAGGUCAACAACUAGCUUACCCAGAAGCAGUACUCCUUGUCGAUCCUAUAGAACCAGAAUUCAAAGGAGAAGUAGACGACAAGUAUCAGUACUCAUGUGAGAACAAAGAUAAUCAGGUGCAUGGAUGGAUAUGUUUUGACCCACCAGUAGGGUUCUGGCAAAUAACUCCUAGCAACGAGUUUCGUACUGGAGGACCCUUCAAACAAGACUUAACAUCCCAUGUGAACCCAACAACCCUUGCUAUAUUUGUUACUUCACAUUAUGCGGGAGAGGAUCUUCUAGUAAAAUUUCAAUCUGGUGAAGUAUGGAAGAAAGUCUUGGGCCCGGUUUUUAUCUAUCUAAAUUCUGUACCAGAUAGAGAUGAUGCUCUUUCUCUUUGGGAUGAUGCUAAAGAGAAGAUGAAAAUGGAAGUCCAAUCAUGGCCUUACAGUUUCCCAGCGUCCACGGAUUUUCAAAAAUCUGAUCAAAGAGGCACAGUAAGGGGUAAAUUGAUGGUACAGGACAGGUAUAUAAGCAAUGACACCAUACUGGCAAAAGCUGCAUACGUUGGAUUGGCACCACCUGGUGAUGUUGGAUCAUGGCAAAGAGAACACAAGGGGUAUCAAUUUUGGACCACAGCAGAUGAAAAUGGCUCCUUUGUCAUUAAUAAUAUACAAACUUGUGACUAUAAUCUCUAUGCAUGCGUCCCUGGAUUUAUUGGAGAUUACAAGUAUGAAAUCCCAUUAGCCAUUACCCCAGGUUGUGAUAUUGACGUAGGUGAGCUUAUUUUUGAGCCUCCAAGAGACGGUCCCACGCUGUGGGAAAUUGGCAUCCCUGAUCGUACUGCAGAAGAAUUUUACGUUCCUGAUCCCAACCCAAUGUACAUCAACAAACUAUAUGUCGAUCACCCAGACAGGUUUAGACAGUAUGGGUUAUGGGAACGAUAUGCUGACCUAUAUCCAGAUAAAGAUUUGGUUUACACUGUUGGUGUUGAUGAUUAUCGAAAGGAUUGGUUCUUCGCUCAGGUUACAAGGAAAACUGGUGAUAAUGCAUAUAAAAGCACAACAUGGCAAAUCAAAUUCAAUCUUGACAAUGUGGAUCAAGCCGGAACCUACAUAUUAAGAUUAGCACUUGCAUCUGCACAUAAUUCCGACUUGCAGGUCCGGAUAAAUGAUCCUGAUGUAAAUCCUCCGGUAUUUUCAAGUGGAGUUAUUGGGGGUGACAACGCGAUUGCCAGGCAUGGAAUUCGUGGAAUCUAUUGGUUAUUUAGUGUGGAGAUACCUGGUUCUGAAUUAGUCCAAGGGGAAAAUACCAUAUACUUGACACAAGCUAGGAGCAGUAGCCCUUUCCAAGGAAUUAUGUAUGACUACAUUCGUAUGGAAAGUCCCCCAUCUGUUUACUCUUAG